AUGGGAGAUGGUGAAGGAGAUGCUGUAGGAGGUGUCGGUGGAUCAGGUGAGGAGGAGAUAAAGGGUAUUGGUGGGUCAGGUGAAGGGAUGGGUGGGGAGGGUGGAUCAGGUGAAGGGAUAAAGGGUAUUGGUGGGUCAGGUGAAGGAAUAGGUGGGGAGGGUGGAUCAGGUGAAGGGAUAAAGGGUAUUGGUGGGUCAGGUGAAGGGAUGGGUUGGGAGGGUGGAUCAGGUGAAGGGAUAAAGGGUAUUGGUGGGUCAGGUGAAGGGAUGGGUGGGGAGGGUGGAUCAGGUGAAGGGAUAAAGGGUAUUGGUGGGUCAGGUGAAGGGAUGGGUGGGGAAGGUGGGGAGGGUGGGGAGGGUGAAGGGAUAAAGGGUAUUGGUGGGUCAGGUGAAGGGAUGGGUGGGGAGGGUGAAGGGAUAAAGGGUAUUGGUGGGUCAGGUGAAGGGAUGGGUGGGGAGGGUGGAUCAGGUGAAGGGAUAAAGGGUAUUGGUGGGUCAGGUGAAGGGAUGGGUGGGGAAGGUGGGGAGGGUGGGGAGGGUGAAGGGAUAAAGGGUAUUGGUGGGUCAGGUGAAGGGAUGGGUGGGGAGGGUGAAGGGAUAAAGGGUAUUGGUGGGUCAGGUGAAGGGAUGGGUGGGGAGGGUGGAUCAGGUGAAGGUAUGGGUGGAGAGGGUGGGUCAGAAGCAGCAGCCGGAAAAGAGGUAUGA